UCGUGCUGAAAUGUCACGUGUGUUGUGCUGUUUAAAAUUUAUUUAAGGUUAGCAGAAAGAAUAAUAAUUGUUACAUUGUUCUCAAUAAAAUUUAAAAAACGUUGAAAUGGAGGACCACGAUGAAUAUGAUGUUAUAUCUUCUGAACACGAUAAUUUAAUAAGUGCGAUUACAAAGUUGGAUAAAACGCAACAUAUUUCGGAACCUACUCGGAAUGAGCCCACAAAUCAGAAUUCUGAAUUUAAUUUGAUAAAGAAAUCUAAUAAAUUAGACCUUAGCCAAGUAGUGAAUGUGCUGAAGGACACAGCCCAACAUGCAAAAAUAACCAAAAGAUUAAAGAAUACACAGGAUAAGUCUAACGUACUUCCAAAGCCAUUAGAAAAGCCUCAAGCAGAACGUAUCAAAAGAUCUACAGGCUACGAUAUAACGAAGGAGAAAAUAACAAAAUGGGAUCCAGUAGUAGCAAGAAAUCGAACAGUAGACUUUGUGUCAUUUCCGCUUAAAUCUGCUAAAACCAAAAGGGAAUAUCCCACAAAAGUUAUUUUGUCCAAUCUAAAGUUAAAGUCGGCUCUUGAAAAAGAAUUGGAUGAAAUAGAUCCUCCUGUAGAAGCAGAUGAAGAAAUGGAAGAGGAAACAAGUUUCCCAAUGACUUAUGAGGAAAUGCUUGAGCACAGACAACAAUUGGCCAAACUGAGAGCUCAGCAAUCCUAUAAAGCUGCCAAAGCUAAACGACAGAGCAAGAUAAAAAGUAAAAAAUAUCACCGUAUCCUGAAAAAAGAAAGAUUGAAACAACAGCUAAAAGAAUUUGAAGACUUACAAACUAAAGACCCUGAAGAAGCUUUGAAGAAACUAGAAGAAUUAGAGAAGGCAAGAGCACUAGAGAGACACACUUUAAGGCACAAGAAUACUGGCAAAUGGGCUAAGAGUAAACUUGUUAGAGCCAAAUAUGAUAAAGAGGUAAGACAACAACUGGCAGAACAAUUAGCUGUCAGCAGAGGUUUAACACAUAAAACUCAAGAUACAGCCAGUACUGAUGAUGAAGCGGAUGAAAAUGAAGUAGUACCAGACCUAACUCUAGCCCAAGAUCCUAUGAACCCAUGGAUGAUGAAAAGACCUGAUAAGAGCAAUGUUGAUGAAGAAUUUAAUUUUGGAUACAAAAAGUAUUUAAAAGAGAAAAUGUACAAAAGGAAAGACGAUAGUGACAGUGAUGAAGAUAUGAAUGAACCUAGUGAUCUAUCUGACCUUAAAAAUAAUAUACUGAAAUUAGGUAAUGCAGUUGAAGUCGAUGAUUCUGGAAUGGAUGACAAAGGUAAUGCAACUGUAAGUGAGCAAGAAGAAACUGUUUUGGUUAAAGAACAUAAGCAAAUGCCUGAAAAUGUAGAUGAAAGAAAAGAAAGUAUUAAAACAAAAACAAUGAACAAAACAAAGAAUAAAAUUGGUAAACCUACUAAGAAAGUAGUAUCAACUACAACUUGGGUUGUUGAAGAAAUUAAUUCUGAUAGUAAGACUCAGACAAGGAACACAGAUGUUUCCAAAGUGUUUGAAAAAUUAGAAAACAAAAUUGCAAUUCAAGUUGACAAGAAGUUAGAGAAGCUGAGACAGCAAAUAAAGCAACUAGAAAAAACACCCAAAUCAAGUAAAAUUGGCAAACUGAAAAAGGAUGCCAAGGACAAUUUAGAGUCUUUGCAAUUUAAGAAAAAACAUCAAAAACCAAUAAUUGAUGAAGAAUUGAUAGAAACAGAUAAAAAUAAUGCUGAAGAUGUUCCACUAGAAAAUAAAAUACCUAUUAAACUCAUUAAAUCUUCAGAAACUCAACCAGAGACAAAAGCUAAUUCAGACAUUGAUCCAAAUAGGUUUAUAGAAGUGAAACCAAAAUAUUUGAAUACAGCUGUUCCUCAAGGAGAGAAUGAUUUAGAUGAACUUGAUGAUGAUGAGCAGAUUGUACCAAAAGUUGACAUUGAAGAAGUAUUUGAAGAGGAUGAUGUUGUUGCCAGUUUUCGACAAGAGAAGCAAGAUGAAAUAGACAAUGAGAGACCUAAAGAAAUAGACUUAAGCCUUCCAGGUUGGGGCAACUGGGGAGGAAAGGGUGUGAAAGUGCCUAAACGUAGAAAGAAUAGAUUUAUAUCUAAGCCAAUACCAAGACCAACGAGACGUGAUGAAAAUAAAGGUGAUGUUAUUAUCAAUGAAUUGCAGCUACCUCAGCUUAAAGCUCACAAGGUAUCUGAGUUGCCUUUCCCAUUUACAAGUGUGAGUGACUAUGAGGCAUCUAUCAGAACACCAAUAGGUAACACAUUUAUCCCUGAAACGGCUCAUCAAAAAUUAAUAAAACCAAGCGUUAUUACUAGAGCUGGCACAAUUAUUGACCCAAUGGAUGAAGAACAGCUGUUGGUGAAACGAAACUUAACAUUUAAGAAUGAGAAGGUCAUAAAUCUGUUAGCAAAAAAAUAAAAUAGGUAAUAAAUGUUUUACAAAA